GGGCUGCGAGCGCCCGGAGCUGCGCUGAACUCGCCGGGGACGUCGGGCGCCGGCUCCCUGGCUCGUUCACUCGUUCUGACCGGCUCCCAGCGCCUCCUCCCGGGACUGCGCGGGGACCCGGGCCCGGUUGGGCGCGGGGCGAGCAGAGUCCCCGGGCGGGAGGCGCGCGCUCAGGGCAGCGCCCGGCCCCGGGCAUGGACACAGGGAGCUGGGCGCGCAGGGGGCGCCGCGGGACCGGGCGGCCGGAGCGCUGAGCCAGACAAAGGCUCGGGAGUUGCGCUUGCUCUCGGGAGCCGGGCCCCGGGCGCCCAGGCUGCGGGACCCGGCAGCCGGCGGCUCCGGCCGGCCCUCUCUCCCGUGGGCCGGUUCCGCGUGCCCGAACCUUCCCUGCCCGCUUCUCCUCGGGCGUGGGAAUUUGCCGAGGGGACCUAAGCGGCUCCGGCAGGGACAGGGACCAGGAGGUCUGCCGCGCGCCCGCCGGGCGGGGAGCCAGGGAGCGUCGCAAGUUUCCAAGCCUCGUGCGGGGACCCAGCGCCGGCGAGUGGGGGAGCUCCGCCCGCAGCGCUCCGGACCCCGCUGGGCGCCGAGAGCAUGGGCAGCGAACGGAGCGCACUCGGACGGCCGUCCUGGGCAGGCAGCCUCCUCCGCGGCCGGGAGGCGGCGGCGCGACCGCGAGUGCUGCCGCUGCUCCUGCUGCUUCUGAGCUGCCUGGGCCGCGGCGCAGCGGCGGAGGACGCAGAAGUCAAUGCCGAGAACUGGCUGCGGCUCUACGGCUACCUGCCUCAGCCCAGCCGCCACAUGUCCACCCUGCGCUCGGCCCAGAUCCUGGCCUCGGCCCUCGCCGAGAUGCAGCGCUUCUACGGGAUCCCGGUCACCGGCGUGCUGGACGAAGAGACCAAGGCGUGGAUGAAGCGGCCUCGCUGCGGGGUGCCAGAUCAGUUCGGGGCGCGCGUGAAAGCCAAUCUGCGGCGGCGGAAGCGCUAUGCCCUCACCGGCAGGAAGUGGAACAACCCCCACCUGACCUUCAGCAUCCAGAACUACACGGAGAAGCUGGGCUGGUACCACUCGCUGGAGGCGGUGCGCCGGGCCUUCCGGGUGUGGGAGCAGGCCACACCCCUGGUCUUCCAGGAGGUGCCCUACCAGGACAUCAGGCUGCGGCGGCAGAAGGAGGCUGACAUCAUGGUCCUCUUUGCCUCUGGCUUCCAUGGCGACAGCUCACCCUUUGACGGCACAGGCGGCUUUCUGGCUCACGCCUAUUUCCCGGGCCCUGGCCUGGGUGGGGACACCCAUUUCGACGCAGAUGAGCCCUGGACCUUCUCCAGCACAGACGUGCAUGGGAACAGCCUCUUCCUGGUGGCCGUGCACGAGCUGGGCCACGCGCUGGGCCUGGAGCACUCAAGCAACCCCAGCGCCAUCAUGGCGCCGUUCUACCAGUGGAUGGACACCGACAACUUCCAGCUGCCCGAGGACGACCUCCGGGGCAUCCAGCAGCUCUACGGCACCCCAGACGGUCAGCCACAGCCCACCCAGCCCCUCCCCACUGUGACACCCCGGCGGCCAGGCCGGCCAGACCAUCGGCCCCCCAGGCCUCCCCAGCCUCCACCCCCAGGCGGGAAGCCAGAGCGGCCCCCAAAGCCAGGCCCCCCAGUCCAGCCCCGAGCCACGGAGCGGCCUGACCAGUACGGCCCCAACAUCUGCGACGGGGACUUCGACACGGUGGCCAUGCUGCGUGGGGAGAUGUUCGUGUUCAAGGGCCGCUGGUUCUGGCGGGUCCGGCACAACCGCGUCCUGGACAACUACCCCAUGCCCAUCGGGCACUUCUGGCGCGGUCUGCCCAGCGACAUCAGCGCGGCCUACGAGCGCCAAGACGGGCGCUUUGUCUUCUUUAAAGGGGACCGCUACUGGCUCUUCCGAGAAGCAAACCUGGAGCCCGGCUACCCGCAGCCGCUGACCAGCUACGGCCUGGGCAUCCCCUACGACCGCAUCGACACGGCCAUCUGGUGGGAGCCCACGGGGCACACCUUCUUCUUCCAAGAGGACAGGUACUGGCGCUUCAAUGAGGACACGCAGCGUGGAGACCCCGGCUACCCCAAGCCCAUCAGUGUCUGGCAGGGGAUCCCCGUCUCCCCCCGAGGGGCCUUCCUGAGCAACGACGCAGCCUACACCUACUUCUACAAGGGCACCAAGUACUGGAAGUUCGACAACGAGCGCCUGCGCAUGGAGCCCGGCUACCCCAAGUCCAUCCUGCGGGACUUCAUGGGCUGCGAAGAGCCGGGACCCCGGUGGCCCGACGUGGCUCGGCCGCCCUUCAACCCCGACGGGGGUGCGGAGCCCGGGGCGGGCGGGGACAGCCAGGAGGGCGACGAGGGCCGUGCCGGGGAGGAGGACUCCGGGGCCGACGAGGACGGGGGCAGCCGCGUGGUGGUGCAGAUGGAGGAGGUGACCCGGACAGUGAACAUGGUGAUGGUGCUGGUGCCGCCGCUGCUGCUGCUCCUGUGCAUCCUGGGCCUCACCUACGCCCUGGUGCAGAUGCAGCGCAAGGGCGCGCCCCGCAUGCUCCUGUACUGCAAGCGCUCUCUGCAGGAGUGGGUGUGACCCGCCGCCUCCUGCUCCUCACGGUGCUAGGGGCCAGGCUGGCGGCGCCUGCGGUUCCGAGACUGCGCCUGGGGCACCCUGAGGAGCCCUCCGCAGCCCCCUCAGCCCCUGGGUGGGGCCCCCCAGGCCCUUCAACAUCCCUGCCAGCCCUGCCCCCCAUGUUUAUUUAUGCCCAGGAAUUUUUUUUUUUUUUUUUUUUUGCACACUAACUGAGCAUUGGUUUCUACUUUCCCCGACCAGGGGCAGUUCCCAGGGCAGGGGGUUAGAGCUUCCUAAAUGGGGUUUUGCUCCAGGGAAUUAGGUCCACACCCACCCACCCACCUUGGCCGUGGCCCCAGCCAGCAAAGUGGAGGGUUGGAAGGCCCAGGUGGGGAGGCGGCUGUCAGGCUGUCGAGGUUCUUCCCGCCCCGAGCCCUCCGCAGUGUGAGCCCCGGGGCCAGAGCCAUGCGCUCUGUUGGCUUUGGAGACAGGUGGGGCCUCACUGGUCUCCCCCCACCUAAGUCCUUCUCUGCCUUAGGAACAGCUUUCGCCCAGGGCCACCCCCAAUCAGAGGGGCAGGGGACCCCGGGCUGCCAGUCUCUGCUGAGUUUCAGUUCCUUCCCAGCCAGCCUCUAACAAUCCCAGUUGCCUGGGCUCCCUGUGCCUAAGGACCCCACCCUGCCCCUGGCCAGUGGAGGGGCCAGCAGCCCCCAGCUCCCUCAUACCCCUUGAGCCCACACCUCCUUUUCUCUCUAGAGAAGGGGUUCUGGGCCCGCCUUACCAAGGACCAAAGGGGGUCUGCCAAGGCCCCUCCACCCCAGGAGCCUCGCCUCCCGGCUGGGCCCCAACUCCCUGUCUACCUUCUCCUCCGUGAGCUGUGAGACCCACCUUGGACUCCUUCCCUGGGCCUAAUCCUGCCUUCUCUCACCCACACCACUGUCCUCAGGGGUCUUGGGACCCCACCAGCCUCAGGCUGCAGCUGCCAGUAUCCCAGGUCUCCUGGGGAGAUGGGGCAGAUGGGUGCCCCGGCUGGGGUGCUGGAUGUCACAGAGUAUGCCCACCUGUGUGGGUGCCCACAACCCAUCAGGUGCCAGGCUUGGGGCAGGGGUUCCUCCCUUCCAGCUCCUGGUCCCCCAGGGCACUAACGAGAGGGGCCAGCGGGAGCCCACUGUAGCCUGGAGACUCACCGGCUGCUGGGCUCAGCCCUGGGGCGGAGAUGCUUCCUCCUUGGAGCAGGCCGAGGUGAGCUGCUGUGGGAAAUGGUACUGUACAGCCGGCUCCGUCCCUUCCACGUCCCUGGAGCCCUGAGCAAGCGGGUCUGCCCCCCCAGAAUCCCGAGGGCCCCGGAGGGAGGGGCUUCUCACGGGCAGAUCAGCUGCUUUCGCCCCUCCAUCCACAAAACCUGAGAGCCAGCCGAGGGGCGGGGCGGGUCCGUGUCCACCCCCGUAUGUUUCUUAUUGUAAAUAAUCUGCACUGAUUAAAUUGUGUGGCCGGCGA